ACGAAAAGACGCUUUGUCUGACAUCUUGUUUUUGGUUCGAUCGGUCUGGUUCUCGUGUGGGGCAGGAAAAGUGUAAAAUUUUCGUAUAAAAAGUGCUUAUUUACUGUGAAAAAUAGUGUCAAAGUGUAAAUAAAGGUAGGUGGCAGCGGAAGAAAGUGGAAUUCAGUCUGGGAGUGUCGGAUUUUGCCCACAAAAUACGAUUCUUUUUUGGGGCUGGAUCGGCUGCCGUCGUCGCCAAAUCGCAGAGCUGAAAAGGCGGUGGUACUAGAUUAGCCAAACAUCGUGUGAAGGUGUAAACAAACCGUUGGGGGUGUUCAAGAACGAUGAGUAAACGUAGGCGAAGCAGUUCUAUUAUGGAUGAGGACGACAGCGAAGACGAUAGCCUACCGGAGCAGUCCCCCGUUCCGGCCGGUUCCAGGAAGAAGAAGAAGUUGGACCCGGCUGAAAUCUGCCAACAUCUGUAUGAUGCACUUCGCACGUUCAAGAAGGAAGAUGGAACAACGUUAUGUGAUACCUUCAUUCGUGCUCCUAAGCGACGACAGGAACCGUCCUACUAUGAAGUGGUGGCCAAUCCGAUCGAUCUGCUGAAGGUCCAACAGAAGUUGAAAACCGAAGCAUACGAAGAUGUAGAUGACAUGACGACGGAUAUUGAGCUGAUUGUGAAGAAUGCCAAGGCAUUCUACAAGCCGGACACUCCGGAGUAUCAGGAUGCUUGUCAGUUGUUUGACGUUUUUAACACAAACAAGCAGAAGCUUAUGGAAGGCAUGGAUCAGGAGUCGGGAGAGGCCAAACCGAGGAAGAUUACUAGGCCCCGGAAGUCAACUCAUAGAGAUGACGAUACGGACGGAGAUGAUCUAGAUCCGUACGAAGAACUUUUUAAUGCCGUUAUGACGGCAACGGACGAGAACCGAGAACUACAUCGGAUGUUUCAGUUACUUCCUUCGAAGAAGCUCUAUCCGGAUUAUUAUGACGUAAUUGAUCACCCGAUUGAUUUGAAAUGCAUUGCGGUCAAAAUCCAGACGAAUGCUUAUUCAUCGCUGAAUGACAUGGAGAAGGAUCUGCUACAAAUGGUAAAAAAUGCUUGCACUUUCAACGAACCGGGAUCGCAGAUCUACAAGGACGCAAAGAAUUUGAAACGAAUUUUCACGAACCGGAAGGUUGAGAUCGAGACCGGACGGAUGCGGAAAAGUGCCAACCGGAAGGCUCGCACUGGAACAAGCUUGAGUGCCAUGGUGGCCGCUCUGAAGGAGGAAGCCGAGAGCUCCGACGACGAAUUGGACGAUUCCAUGGACACCGAAGGAGAAGGGCCACUCUGGCAAUUGUUUGACCAACUAUACAACACCGCUAAUACAAAUGAUCCCAAUGCUGUAGGCGCUCCGCUAGGGGAAUCUCUCUGGAAGCUCCCGAAUCGGCGGUUCCAUCUGGAGUACUACAACAUGAUCAAGAAACCCAUCUCGAUGGGUCAGAUCCGAAACAAGCUCAAGAAGGGAUUGUAUGCGAAUGUGACCGACAUGAGUGCCGAUCUGUACGUGAUGUUGGACAACGCCAAGAAGGCUAACCCUCCGAGCAGCAAGAUUUACAAGGACGCCGUCAAAAUGCAAAAACUGCUUAAUCAGAAACUGAUCGACUCGGGCGAUUUGGAAGAAAGUGAAGAGGAAGACGAUACCGAUUCGUCUUCGAUCGCCACCGCCACACCAGCAAAGAAAGCAAACACCUCUCAAAAGAAGACCCCGCGCCCACGGUCGUCCAUGUCCAUGGUGCAGUCUCCGCCGCAAUCUGCAACCAGCACCCCGAUUGCCAAAUCCGCCAAAGCCCAACAGUCGUUCCUGACCAUGCUGCGGAAGAAACUCCUUUCGCUGCAUGAAUACCUUCUGCAGUACACGGUAAACGGACGUCAACCGAUGGGACUGUUUAUCGAGAAACCCUCGAAGAAACUGUACCCGGAUUACUACCAGGUUAUUCAGCAUCCAAUCGACAUGACCACCAUCGAGAACAACAUCAAGACCGAUCGGUAUGGCGUGCUGGAUGAUGCCGUCGGCGACUAUCGGCUGAUGUUCUCCAACUGUCGCAAGUACAACGAGGAGGGCUCGAUGAUCUACGAGGACGCCAACGCCCUGGAGAAGGCUCUGAACGAUAAGCUGAAGGAAUUCUCCGGCAUUAGCAAGCGGUUCAGCAUGCCAAAAUCGGCUUCCAAACCGAAGAACAAGCUCAACACGUUGGAGUCCAAGCUGAAGCACCUGUACGACACCAUCCGCGAGUACCGGGAACCGAAGGCCAACCGGCAGCUGUCGUUCAUCUUCAUGAAACUACCGUCGAAGAAUGAAUACCCCGACUAUUACGAUAUCAUCAAGAACCCGAUUGAUCUGGAACGGAUCGAGCAGAAGCUGCGCAAGCAAAACUACGAAAGCGUUGACGAUAUGGCGGCAGAUUUUAUGCUGAUGUUUGAGAAUGCCUGCAAGUACAACGAACCGGACUCGCAGAUCUACAAGGACGCCCUCUGCCUGCAGCAGUUGAUCAUCCAAACCAAGCAGUCGCUGCGAAGCGAUGAAACCGUGCCGGAUGUUCCGCAAGCUGUGCAGGAACUGUUGCUGUCAUUGUUUACGACGUUUUACAACUAUCAGGACGAAGAGGGGCGAUGCUACUCGGAUUCGUUGGCUGAAUUGCCCGAACACGAUGAGACUCCGGAAGGGAAUAAGGUUCGUGGCAUUUCGCUGGAUCUGAUCAAGCGUCGUCUGGACAAGGGUCUGUACAAGCGAUUGGAUAUGUUCCAAGAGGACAUCUUCUCUUGUUUGGAGCGAGCGCGGAAGCUGAGCCGAACCGAUUCCCAGGUGUUUGAGGAUUCCAUUGAACUGCAGUCGUUCUUCAUCAAGAAGCGGGACGAGCUGUGUCGGAAUGGAAACGUACUAGAAUCGCCUGCGCUUAGUUACAAUUCGAUGCAUCUGAUGGCAGCUGUGGAGGCGUUGAGGCAAACGAAGCUGCUGGAGGAGGAAACCGAUACCGAGACGGAUACCACGCAAGCAUCUCAAGGCGAGAGCAUGACCAUUGACCAGAAGGUGUUUUCACCGGGAGACUUCGUUUAUAUCGAUAUCCCGGAGAAUAAAAUUCCCGGCAUAAUGUACAUCGAACGUCUGUGGACCAACAGCGACAACGUCAAGAUGAUGUACGGCAGCAUGUUCCUGAGGCCGUUCGAAACCUAUCACGUUCAAACUCGCCGGUUCCUGGAGAAGGAAGUGUUCCGAAGUGAUCAGCACCUGGCGGUGCCGUUGUCGCAGGCCCAGAACAAGUGCUUCGUUAUGUUCGUGAAGGACUACUUCAAGAACCGACCGGAAGGAUUCCUCGAGAAGGACGUGUAUGUGUGCGAGUCGUACUAUUCCGUGAAGCGACGGUGCUUCAAAAAGCUAAAAACCUGGAACAUGGAACGGGUGACCGAUCCGGUUACGCUGAUUGCCAGGGAGACGCCGCUGGAGAUGAAGCGGGUCAUGUCGGUGUUCAAGGAAAGGAUUGAGAAACACAAGGAGGAGCUGUCCGAGCUGCAGAUGCAGGAAGCACUGGUAGAGAAGGAGAAACCCAAUGUGGUCGUGUAUGUGAACGGCGGGGAGGAAGGAACUGUGUUUUACGAGCAGUACAACACCGUUUGCGGCGGCCUCGUCAAGACGGGAGAUUACGUUUAUGUGGCAACGGAAACCGGGAAGCAGUCGGUGGCACAGAUUCAAUCGAUCUGGGAGACGAAGGAUGGUAAAUCCUUUUUCCGUGGCCCAUGGCUUCUUACUCCACCGGAAGUUCCAGGAACUAUCAGCCGCCUGUUCUACCGGCAGGAGGUUAUGCUGUCGACCGUACAGGAAACUACGCCAACGGUGGCUAUCGUGGGACGCUGUGCUGUGUUGGAACAGCAUGAAUACGUUACAAGACGCCCAACCGAAAUCCCCGAAGCGGACGUAUUCCUGUGCGAGUCCGUGUACGACGAGCUGAAGAAGCAAAUCCGCAAAGCCGGUGCGCUGAAAAAGUUCACCCAUACCCAGAUGGUGACGCAGGACGAAAUCUACCACUUCCGGCGGGCGAUUAAUCCACCCAAGGUAACUUGCGGUGAAAUCGCAGCCAUACAGGAAAACAAACCGAUUCCGUCGGCUGAUCUGGAUAUCAAGGACGAGUUCGGCAUCAUCGAUGACUCGAUCGACGGUCCCCCGUCCAUUGGUUCGGACGUGGUCGCCACGGCUUCCCCGGUGCCUCCGGUUUCCAUCGGAACGCCACAAACGUCGAGCAAGAAGGCCAAAAAGGAGGGCAAAAAGCUGGUGACCGGGUACAUUCUGUACUCGAGCGAACGCCGGAAAACCGUCGUGGCCACCCAUCCGGAAGCGACGUUCGGCGAAAUCAGCCGGAUCGUGGGCAACGAGUGGCGCAACCUGACCGACGCCGAGAAGACCUCGUGGGAGCAGAAGGCCACCAAGAUGAACGAGGAAAAUGCGGCCAAAUUUGUAGCGGAAAAUGGGGAGGUUAGCUGUCCGAGCCCGGCCCCGGCUAAACCGGAUGGUCCGCUCGUCCAAGAAAUUAUGCCCAAUCAUGUUUACGAAUGCUGUUGGGAUAAGUGUGAUCACCAGUUCGAGGAUCCGUUUGAUUGCACCGAGCAUUGCAUCACGGAUGUUACCGGGUGCGUCUACAAGACGUUCAUGAAGAACGCCGAGCAGGAGUUCGUCUGCAUCUGGCGGGGUUGUGUCCGUUUCCGUCGGAACAUGCCACCGUUCCCGCACAUGCAGCGCUUGGUGAAGCACGUCCGCGAAGUGCAUCUGACGAAAACGGCAGCCAAGCUGGUCCUUCCGCAGGAUCGUAGCAAAAAUUUCACUCCGGCCAAGCGGCACUCCGUCUCGCAACCGCAUCCAUCGACGAUCGUCAAACAGCAGACGGUGCCGGUUGCGGCUGCUAGUCCGGGAGCGGCAGCGCCGUCCGGUGCUGCGGGUGGGGCGAGUGGAGCAGGAGCGGCUCCUGCAACGCCAGCCGCAGCAGCUGCACAAGCAUCGGCCGGAGGAUCCGGUCAGGCGUCCGGUGCAAAUAAUCAGUCAAGUAAUUACAUUCCAGCAUCGUAUUAUAAUUUCGUUCCAGCUCCCCCAGCCGAACCGCUGUUUGUCACCGUGCCACCACGGCCCCAGCGCGUGCUUCACUCCGAAGCAUACAUUCGCUACAUAGAGAGCCUCCAGAGUAACUCGGAGUAUAUAACGCCCUGGCAGAAGACGCUGACCGCCACCCGGGAGUCGAUUCCCAAUCAGGACGCUAGCCGCCUGCCGGUGCACUGGCUCGGCAAGAAGGGCCGCGAGAAGCCGGAAGCCGUCGUUGACGCCAUCUGGCAGCUGCGUGGAUUCCUCAUGAAGGACGUCAUCCAGUUCGACCGGUUCUGAAUCUCGAGGAUGCGUAAGUACAGUACUUGGAUACAUGGAUUUCUUUCCGCGAAAGGUGUAACAAUGACUCCGUCGUAGUCGGUAAAUCAGUUGCACAAUAUCCCCACGUGAUGGGCGAUAGGACAACUGGCAUUGUUUUAGGAUUUCUCUUUUACAAACUCUUAUCAUUAUGCUGCUAUUUUAAAGGAAUAUAUGUGUAGGCGAUAAAUCUCAUUCAA